UUGGAAAUCCCACCUACCUGUUCCAACAUGAUUGAUAACUACACUAUUGUGGCAGGUGGCCAUUAUAGUUGAAUUGCUUCUCGGAGCAUGUCGUCACAUAGAACUAUUAUAAAAGCGACGAAUAGCUCCCUCUUGUCAUUAUUUUUGUAGUAUCCCUCCAUCAGCCUUCACUCUAAAAGCCUUUUCCUCUUUACCUUCUAUACACUUCGUUCUCACAGCCCAUUAUGAAGUACCAAAUUGCCUUUACCAGCCUGCUCUCUUUGGCCGCAGCUGGCCGCCUCAGGCGCGGUGAGGAUAUUGUUGGCGGACAGGAAGUCGACAUCAAGGACUAUCCUUAUCAGUCUCUGUCCCUGAUUGAUGGCCAGCAGUGGUGCGGCGGUACAAUUGUCAACAAGCGUCACAUUGUCACUGCAGCCCAUUGUCACCAAGGUUACGAGAGCCAUAAGUUUAGCGUUCGCCUCGGUAGCAGCAAUGCCGGCUCUGGUGGCACUGUCUAUCCUGUUACCAAGGUUAGCAUUCAUCCCGACUAUGCUACGAAGGACAACCACGACGUUGCUGUCUUGGAACUUGGCAAGGAUAUUGUCUUUGGAUCCGGCGUCCAGGCUAUCUCUGGUUUCUUGACAUCUGCCGCUGCUGAUGGCACUGACGGUGUUGUCUCGGGCUGGGGCGAUAUUCAAGAUGGUGGCCCUGGCACUACGAAGCUCCAUGCUGUCCAUGUCCCCAUUGUCAACCAUGCCCAGUGCGCCAAAGACUACCAGGGCGAGAGUGUCAUUGACGACACCAUGAUCUGUGCUGCCGUUCCCGAGGGCGGUAAGGACUCUUGCCAGGGUGACUCUGGCGGCCCCUACGUCAUUGGCGGCAAGCUUGCCGGUAUCGUCUCCUUCGGCCACGGCUGCGCUGUCAAGGGAUACCCUGGUGUUUACACUGAUGUUAUCAACCCCUCCGUCCGUGCCUUCAUCAAGCAGUACGCUGGUAUCUAAAUACAAUAGAGUCGCGGGUGGUCUUGGAUAAAUUCCGUUUACGAAGCUGUAUGAAAGUGUUCAAUGUAAAUCUAUAUAAAGUAUAUA